AUGGCGUCCGUGUCGCUCCCCUGCAUCCACAAGUCCGCUUGCUCGGCCGCCGCGCUAUCCGAUCUCAGCAGCGCGCGCACCUGCCGGGUCAGCACGCCCAGCCUCGCCUUCCCGCUGGUCAGCACGCCCAGCCUCGCCUUCCCGCGGGUCAGCACGCCCAGCCUCGCCUUCCCGCUGGUCAGCACGCCCAGCCUCGCCUUCCCAUUGGUCGCUCGUUCCAGAAAAGGCAUCUCGCGAUCGUCGUCGUCGGCGGCGGUGGGCGUGCGCGCGGCGAUGAGCGCGGCGGAGAUCGCGCAGGCGCUGAGCGACAAGCGGGUUCAGCCACGUGGCGAGCGAUUGCUGGUGAAGCUCGAUGAACCCGAGCAGAAGUCAGCGGGGGGCGUGCUGCUGCCCACGCAGGCCGUCAAAUAUGAGCGAUACCUCACCGGGCAGGUGGUAUCAGCGGGAGAGGAGGUGAAGAAGGCGUCAGUGGGGCAGAAGAUCAUGUUUCCCGACAUGAACGCCUACGAGGUGGCCAUUGGAGACGGCGCUGACAGGUUUUGCUUUGUGCGGGAGGGGGAUAUCAUGGCAGUGCUUGUAACCGAUGGAUUCGAUGCAUUUUCCAGUGUAAGCGGCCUCGCCACCCGAUCGCGGCAACCGGGUCACCACCAAAGUCGCACUGGUGACGGUCGGAAUCGCAACACACUGUUGAAUCUCUUUCGCUGCAUCACUGCCGCUUCCAACAUACAGCAGGCCAGUCAAGCACUCCUCGCACCGCGUAACGCCAUCAGCGCCGCCCUUCCCUCCGCUCCGCGAGUGCCGUCCGCAUCCGCCUCCUUCCGUCCGCCUCCGAGUCUGCCGUCAACCCUCGAUUCCCCCGCGCUCGCCGCGCGAAUCGCCAUGGCGCGAGGCGUUGCGCUGUGGCUGCUGCUGCUCGCCAUGACCGCCGCGCGCGCAGCGCCCACAGCGGUGCGUUUCCAGGUGGAGCAGCAUGCCAAGUGUGUGGGUCACGACCUGCGCCGCGACACGCUCGUCGCCGCCUCCUAUGCCGCCGUGCGCGCCACCCACGCCAGCCCUUUCUCCCUCGACGUCUCCGUGACGUCGCCAGCGGGCGUGCAUGUGUACAUGAAGGAGGGAGUGGGCGAGGGGCAGGUGGGGUUCACGGCGGAGGAGAGCGGCGAGUACCACCUCUGCUUCUGGCUGCACGGCCACCACGUGGGGCGCCAUGACGACGCACGCCACCAGGUGGAGGUGACGUGGCGUGAGGGGCAGGCAGCGUCGCACAUGCAGCAGGCCGCCACCAAGGAGCGGGUGGAGAGCUUCGAGUGGGAGGUGAAGCGGCUGGAGGGGCUGGUGGAGGCGGCAUCGAAUGAAAUGAUCUUCUUCCACGAGAGUACUGGCAUCUCAAGACCUUCUUUGAACGGACCAAGGUUCUCUGAUGCAUAA